UCCCCCCGUCUCGUCUUCCCCUCCCUCUGCCUCUCCGGCUUUGUACCCAUCGCAGAAACCACGCCGCGGCUACCUUCUUCAGGAUACCGGGGCUAAUAGACAUCAGAAAAUGGCCCUUCACGUCCCCAAAGCACCGGGCUUUGCCCAAAUGUUGAAAGAUGGCGCCAAGCACUAUUCAGGGCUUGAGGAGGCAGUCUUUAGGAACAUUAAAGCAUGCAAGGAGCUGUCCCAGACCACACGCACCGCCUAUGGGCCAAACGGUAUGAACAAAAUGGUCAUUAACCACUUGGAGAAGCUGUUUGUCACCAAUGAUGCAGCAACAAUUCUCAGAGAGCUUGAGGUGCAGCAUCCGGCAGCCAAAAUGAUCGUGAUGGCGUCCCACAUGCAAGAACAGGAGGUGGGAGACGGGACCAACUUCGUGCUGGUGUUUGCCGGAGCUCUGCUGGAGCUGGCUGAGGAGCUGCUCAGGAUGGGCUUGUCUGUGUCAGAGGUGAUUGAAGGCUAUGAGCUGGCCUGUAAGAAGGCUCAGGAGAUCCUGGCAGAGUGCGUGUGCUCCUCAGCCAAGAACCUCCAUGAUGUUAAGGAAGCUGCAUCUCUCAUCCGCACAGCGGUCAUGAGUAAACAGUACGGCAACGAAGACUUCCUCUCCAACCUCAUUGCACAGGCUUGUGUAUCCAUCUUCCCUGAGUCCGGCAACUUCAAUGUUGAUUGCGUCAGAGUGUGCAAGAUUUUGGGCUGUGGAGUGACGGCGUCUACCGUUCUACACGGCAUGGUUUUUAAGAAGGAGGCAGAGGGCGACGUCACGUCAGUUAAAGACGCCAAGAUCGCCGUCUUCUCCUGCCCCUUUGACUGCAUGGUGACAGAGACCAAGGGAACAGUAUUGAUAAAUAAUGCAAAGGAGCUCAUGGACUUCAGCAAGGGAGAGGAGGACAUGAUGGAGGCUCAGGUCAAGGCCAUCAAGGAGGCCGGCGCCAACGUGGUGGUAACUGGGGGGAAAGUGGCCGACAUGGCGCUGCACUACGCCAACAAGUACAAGCUCAUGGUGGUCAGGCUUAACAGCAAGUGGGACCUCAGGAGGUUAUGCAAGACUGUCGGAGCUGUGGCCCUGCCCAGGAUGACGGCUCCAACUCCAGAGGAGAUGGGUCACUGUGACAAUGUGUAUCUGACUGAGGUGGGAGACACUCAGGUGGUGGCCUUCAAACACGAGAAAGAGGACGGUGCCAUCUCAACAGUGGUGAUCAGAGGCUCCACUGACAACCUGAUGGAUGAUAUCGAGAGGGCUAUAGAUGAUGGAGUCAACACCUUCAAGGUUCUGGUCAGGGACAAGCGACUGGUACCAGGAGCAGGAGCCACUGAGAUCGAACUGGCCAAGCAGCUCACCUCAUACGGAGAGUCCUGCCCCGGUCUGGAGCAAUACGCCAUCAAAAAGUUCGCCGAGGCCUUCGAGAUGUUGCCACGUUCCCUGGCCGAGAACUCUGGUGUGAGGGCGAGCGAGCUCAUCUCCAAACUGUACGCUGCUCAUCACGAGGGAAACAAAAACAUGGGCUUCGACAUUGAGGGAGAGGGUCCCGCUGUGAAGGACAUGCUGGAAUGUGGCAUCGUGGAGCCUUACUUGGUCAAGCACUGGGGAAUCAAACUGGCCACCAACGCUGCCAUCACUGUACUGAGGGUGGAUCAGAUCAUCAUGGCUAAGACUGCAGGGGGACCCAGGGCUCCCAAGCAGAGAGGCCACUGGGACAAGGACGGUUGGGACGAGGCGCCUGAUCAGUUUGACACUCACCAUUAGAGGGUGAACACGCACACCCUCUGGCAGCAGGUCCUGGAAUGCGUAUCAUCAUGGCCAAAACAGCAGGAGGACCCAGAGCUCCCCAGGGCAGGAAGGACUUUGAUGACGACGACUGAACCUGACGCCGUUCAGCCGAUGCUCCUUCGACCCUGAACGCUCCCACGUCAAUUCACAAACCUUUUCUACUUGUUUAUUUAAAGCUCGCCUCUUUGGUUUAUUUUGUAGAAACGACCACACAUUGGUUUCCGAAGUAAUAUGUGAAAGUAAAAAGUGCAGUUGGCUCCGUUUGCUUUUUUUUUUGUUCUUCGUCCCAAAUAAAAGGCACUUGCGCUGUCA